UUCACACAGAACCUUUGGACAUUGAAUCAGGGCACAAUGAUGUACAUGUUCUCCCAGCCUGGAGAAGCUCUGCCACCUCAUCCUCAGGAGCUGCCACUCUGGGUUGUACUUCAAGCCACUCUGGGAAGAUGAGAAAAUUAAGAUAAUUUAUCAGCAAUGGCCACAGCCCCAUGGCAGCAUUAACAUUUGUGGGUGAUGACCUGAAUUUAUACUGUGGUUUUCACCUCCAGACUGCUGAUCUACAAAAUAUGGGGGGAAGUUUGCUUAGCAGAAACCUGAAUAAGGACAUGUUGUAGGACUCCUCCCAGCAACUCCACUCUCCUGCAUCAUCCUCCCUCAAACAGAGCUUAAAAUCUGCCAGAGGUGCUGGUAACCAGAAAAGAAAUGAGGAAGAGAAUGAGCUACCAGAGUGGUGUUGCUCUCAUUCAUCUUUUGCUCCUUCUGCCCCUUUUCAACACUGGAUUACCCUCUGAGAGGACUGGAUGCAAGGCAGCUACAGAUGUGAGGAAUAUGCCUUGGCUUGUGCAAUAACUUCAUGGGACUAAGCCAUUUUCCAGAUGAGCUAGUGAUAAAAAGUGCUGAUUCCUCUGCUAAAGAUGGCUCAGAAAUGGGCAGUUCUGGCUGUGCUCCUUUUCUUGCCAAUCAAUCUGGUUGAAGCUCAGAACAGGGUGAGUGUAGAGGCUGGCCAUGAAGCUGUGCUGAGCUGCCCCAACAUCUCCAAGGUGCAUUUUCUGCUGUUGACAUGGAGGAGGAAUUGCAGCAGUUGCUGCGUGAUGUCCUACAGGAGGGAUCACAAUGAGACAAGCAGGCUGAACUGCAGUGACAGGAUCACAUGGAAAUAUUCACUUGACAGUGACCCUGCACCUCAUAUUUUCCCUGUGAACCUCGGGGAUGAGGGAAAUUACACCUGUGAAGCUGUCAACAGUGAAGGGAAUUUUCUUUCUUUCUCUUCUCUGACUGUGCUAGUCCCUCCUACAGUGACUCUGGCCCAUGACAAGACCAGGGUGGCUGUCUGUCAGGCAUCUGCAGGAAAGCCACCUGCUGACAUCUCCUGGAUCCCUGCAAGCAAUCACAGCUCUGAGGAAGAAUUCCAUCACCCCAAUGGAACAGUCACCAGAGUGAGCUACUUUGGCUGGACCAACAGCUCAUUGCCUUCUGUCACCUGCCUGGUGACUCACCCAGCCAUGAACCAGACUCUGGUCGUGGACCUGAGAUACACUCCUCAUAUGCUUCUCUACAUCCUGAUAGGAGCAGCUGCAAGUGUCGGGGCUGUCACUGGUGUGACUUUAUGCUUGAUUUUCAGGUGCAGAGCUUGCUGUUUAUGCAAAUGGACAAGGCAGAGCAGGACAACUAAAAUCUACAAUUUCCCACCUUCACGUGUGACAAGACGAGCAGCCAAGCCUCCUGACAUUCCAGAGAAAAUCUAUGAGAAUUACAGCCCAAGAUCUGUUUAUGUGUGCUUAUAACAGUGUAGGCACAAGUAGCCAGCUCAGCUACUCGAACUUGUAUUUCAACUCUUAAGCCUCAGACCUUACCCACAAAAGCCUUUGUCUUUCCUGACCUGACAGUGGUGGGGUAAAAAGGACUGUUUAAUAAGUUUUUUUCUCUUCCUCUAAAUAUCAGUACAACUCUAGAAAAAGUUGAAACUUUUAAAGACUGAAUUAGGGAAAUACCUUAAUUUUGUUUGAAAGUGA